AUUUUGUAGGAAGCCAGCCAGCUCGUGUCGAGUGUUGAGACGUAAUGCGUCAUUGUGUUACUUUUGUAUAUAAGAAACGAGACGUUUCAGGACUCACUUCAGUAUCAACGAUAGUUUGAAAAGAUUCGAUCGAUUCGAUCUGAACUUUUUUAUCGAUUACGUGUCAAGUCGAUUCCACGAAUCGAGACUUUUUUAAUUUUGAAAAGUCGAAAGAGUUGGUUAUUCGUGCCUGUGUAACAUUUAAUUUUGACAUUUCUGUGAAUAAUUAAGAAUUAUUGUAUAUUCUCUGCUGUCAAAAUGUCUUUCAGCAGAUAUACAACGCAUCGUCAAAAGUGCAUUUUGUUAACUAGACAAUUUACGGACAGUGCAACUGGUAAAAAUGCCAGUGGAAAUGUAACAAAUAUCACGAAUAAACUUUUACGCUCCAUAAACGACAUAAAAAAACUCACAAUGUCAAUGCAGAAUCAGUGGAAGCUUUUGUCACAAUUAAAGGAUUAUUUGAACAAGACCAACUAUGACAAAAACCAAAUUAAUCUCUCUAAAGAUUGGUUAGAUGCUCUACAGAAGUUAACUUAUUCGCAACUCGACACAAUACGAAAAUUAUCAUCGGACUCUAUUAAAACUACUAAUGCAAACAAGAGUUCAAAUGUAAAGCAUAAAGAAAGCAAUGAUUCAGAGAAUUUGACAAACAUGUCUGAUCAAACAGAAUCGCUUAUAGAUAAUUCCACAAUCAUGCAACAAAAAAUACAGCAGCAAACUUGUGAACAAAAUGUGCCUGAUAAUAAAAUAGAAUCAAAAGAAAGCUUUACAGUGCCACAAAUUCUCUCCACAUUGUUUUUGAAGUUAACUCCCAGAAGUACGCAAACUAUUACUACUAUACCAAAGUGGAAAGUGAAUGUUCACAGUAGUAUUCCAAAACACAGUAUUGUAUCUCGUACACGUCACGUCUUGAACAGUAUCGUAUCAGCCGAGUCGAAUGCUUCAAAGUGGCGGAGAAUCGAGGAAUUAUUAUUGCAUAUCGAUCAGUAUCCAGAGGCAAGACAUUACGCGAUUAAAGAGGGAGCAAUUAAGAUUUUAUUACGAACUCGUCGAAAGACGAAGGAUGAACAAAUUAACACAUCUAUCAGAGAAGCGCUGGCUGUAAUGGGUUAUAUUGAUCCUCUACCUGGUCGAGGCAUCAGAAUCUUGUCAAUUGAUGGUGGUGGUAUUCGCGGAGUAUUAGUAAUAGAGAUGUUGAAGAAAUUGGAGGAACUUACAGGAAAGAAGACGUAUGAAAUGUUUGAUUACAUAUGUGGCGUCAGUACAGGCGCCAUUCUUGCUGCUGUGUUAGUAUUACCAAAGGAUGCUUUGGAAGGAGGACACAAGAAAAAAUCAUUGGAUGAAGUGUCGGGAUUAUACAAAGAUCUAAGCACUAGAGUGUUUACGCAGAGUGCUAUUAAAGGCACUAGCAGUCUGGUUUGGAGUCACGCGUAUUAUGACACCGCGCUAUGGGAACGAUUAUUAGAGGAGCAUUUGGGUGACAAAGUUCUUAUCAAAACCGCGCGCGAUCCAAAUGCACCAAAAUUUUCAGCAAUAUCUGCCGUGGUUAAUCAUGGGAACGUUAUGGCUUACGUAUUUAGAAAUUACACAUUACCGCAUGGAGUGGAAAGUCAAUACAUGGGAUCUCAUAAAUAUAAAUUAUGGGAAGCCGUGAGAGCAUCAGCCGCUGCACCGAGUUAUUUUGAGGAAUUUAAAUAUGGCGAAUAUCUUCAUCAAGACGGCGGCAUUUUAGUGAAUAAUCCGUGCGCUGUUGCGAUACAUGAAGCCAAACAGCUGUGGCCAAAUAAUCCAAUUCAAUGUGUUGUAUCAUUUGGCACUGGUCGAAUCCCACAUCACAUCUUCGAAAACGAUUCUAUGGAAGUCGAGAUCUCGAGUUGGAAGGAAAAAUUCUACAAAAUUUUGGAUAGUGCUACUGAUACAGAAGCUGUGCAUACAAUGCUAAAUGAUUUGCUACCUGACCACAUUUACUUUAGGUUUAAUCCCUAUUUAACGGAAAUGCUAUCGAUGGUGGAAAUACGACCUGAAAAGAUCAGUCAAAUGGAACAGGAUGCAAGAAUGUAUAUACGUCGAAACGAAGAGAAAUUUCAAAAGGCUGCUACCGCUUUACUAGAAAAGCGGCGAAUGCAGCAGAAAAUUGUUGAUUAUAUUACAUUGCAAAGACAAUUAUUGAACCUAUGAAAAGGGAAACAUUUCACAUCUUGAUGAUUAUUCCAUAUGAUUUUCAAAGAUUAUGUGGAUAUUUAUAGUACAAAUUCUUUAUCUUUUAUGCCUCAAUUUGUGUGAAACUUUUUGAUUAAUGCUUCUUUGAAAGAUGCAAUAGACAAUAGUAUAAUAGGCGUGUAUUUCAAAAGUAACUUUGGCGUGACAUUUUUUUGCUUAUUAGUAUUAGUAUAUUUUCGUAACUUCUUACAAGAUUUAAAAUAAUUAAUAGUAAGAUAGUAUUCUAUAGAAAUUUGUUUUAAAUUUUUUAUAUAAAAUUAUUAUUAGUAUAGCUAUUUGACUGUGAUACCUUGUGAUGUGUGCUUAAAUACAAUUUAGAUUAAUUAACAGUAUAAUUUUACAUCUUAUUGUAUGUUUUACAGUAAAAAUGUAGAAAUCUUUAGGGUCAAUUUCACCAACAUCGAUUAACUUAAACCUCUGAUUAAACUAUAUUUUUGUCUCUUUUCAGAUACAUUCUUAAAAAGAAGACAAAGAUAUAGUUUAAUCAGAGGUUUAAGUUAAUCCACGUUGGUGAAAUUGGCCCUUAACAUGAUAAGAACAAAAUGACUGUAUAUAUUCUCAUGAAAAAUAUCAAUCAAUUUAUUAAAAAUUAAUGAGACACACGCAGUCUUAACAUGAUAAGAACAAAGUGACUAUAGAUUCUCAUAAAAAAUAUCAAUCAAUUUAUUAAAAACUAACGAGGCACGCGCUAAGUGUUGGAUGUUUCUUAUGCGUUCUCCUUCACUAUGAAUAUUGUAAAUGUAUAUUAGCAAUGAAUUUCUACAAUAAAAAUAAAUAAUAUAUUAAA